UUCGUUUUCUAAUUGAUUUAAGGAUGGUAAAUGUCAUAGUGUUCACAGAAUCAUCACUCCGAAAUUUAGUUUCAAGCAAUUUAUAUCUAUUUAAAGCCGAACACUUGACUUGGUGUGUCAACAUAAAGAAGAGAAAAUAAAUUCCGAUAGCAUGAUAAAAUUAUGGAAGUCAAAUUUUGAGUUAAAUUUUGUAAACUAUUCCAAAUGCCAUUAUUAUUAAAAUUUUAUAUAAUGCAUUGCGUUAUAUAAGUACAACAAAAACAAAUAAAUUAAGCACGAAAAGAGAAUAUAUUCACAAAAAAUCACACACACAACAUCUGAAUGUGGUUGGGAACAAAGUAUGCUGCCACUUUAUUAACAAAUCUUAGUAAUCAAACAGAUAAAGUUGACACACUAUGGCUGGAAACAAUGCUAGACAAAUCGACAAAAGUAUCGAAUGGAUAUUCCAAAAAUUGCGACGGCCAACACUUAUGUGGCAUUUGGCCAGCAGUAUUACUAUAGCCACGGUUGGAUUUUUGAGCAAGGUUAUCACAGCCUGGUUCAAUCGUGCACGAAUAUACAAUAACGAGAUACUCGCCUCGAUUAUCGAUACAAAACCAGAGCAUAUACCGUUGUUAACUUUAUCAAAUCAUCAUUCAUGUUUUGAUGAUCCGGGUAUUUGGGGGAUUUUACCCAUUCGGCACAAUUGUAAUUUUAAGAAAAUCAGAUGGUCGUUAGCGGCUCAUGACAUAUGCUUUACCAGGAAAUAUCAUUCUUACUUUUUUAUGACUGGCAAAUGUAUUCCAGUUAUACGUGGUGGUGGUGUUUAUCAACAGGCCGUUGAUUUGUGCAUAGAAAAAUUGGCCAUCGGCGAUUGGGUUCAUGUAUUUCCAGAAGGAAAGGUGAAUAUGACCAAAGAGAAUCUGCGAUUCAAAUGGGGUGUUGGACGAAUGAUUUACGAAUCACCAGUCAUGCCAAUUAUUGUUCCAAUUUGGCAUGAGGGCAUGGACACUGUUUUACCGAAUUAUCCGCCUUAUAUAUUAAAAUUCGGGAAAAAAAUUACUAUUAACGUGGGUCAACCGAUUAAUAUAAGUGAUUUAGUUAGUAGCCUAAGAUCGAAAAAUACACCAGAGCCAAUCGCACGAAAAAUUAUCACCGAUCGAUUGCAGGAAGAAAUGAACAUUCUCCGACAAUCAACCGAAAAGCUACAUGCGGUAUAGCAUAGGUGGUAUGCUCAGUUCUAUCCGAAUUGUGUGAAACGUAUUUAUCGCUCGAUCAAAUGAACUCUACCUGUCCAAUGAAGUUUGCCUGAUGUACAACAGCUUCCUAGGUCAAAACGAAUUAUAUUUUCUUUUUUUCAAAUUGUGUAUAGUAUAAAAAAAAACGUUAAAUUAUCCGGGGAAAAAUUUACAUUUCAAAUCGAAAAAUAUUUUUUAAAAAUUGAAAUAAAAAGCAAUAAUUAUUUAUCCAAUUA